AUGGCACCUACAGAAAAGUCCUCAAGAAUGAUCCUCCAAGGCCCAGACGAGUGGGAAUCUUGGAGCGAAAAGUUCAAAGCUCGAGCUAUCAGUGAUAACAUCUGGAAAUACGCAAAUCCAGAAACUGAUGAUGAACUUGAAGAGGAACCACCAAUGCCGGAUAUUGGCAAAUAUCCGAGACGACAAAUUAUUGGCCAAGACGGUCAGUCCCCAAGUACGGGACGAAGCCGGAGGACAGCAGAAGGGGAUCAGUCACAGACUCUGGAAUCCUCAUCUCAGCAUCAAUACUUCUCGCAAUCGUUUGAACGCCCACAUCCUACUCUCAUGGCACGUGGAGUGCAUGACCUUCUCCCCGCAGACAGGUCAACCUAUGACUUAGAAGUUAGGAUCCGGACACAAGAGGUCCGAGACAUCAAGGAAAAACAGGCAUCUAUAAGCAAGCUUCGCACAUGGGUCGAGGAGUCAAUAAGUGACCAUCUCUGGACGACAUGUUGUAACGCUGAAGAUACAAUCCGCGUCUGGUAUACCGGAAUCAGGACUUCGGUGUGUGCCGACGAUGUCCAGCUUCGCAGCAAGGCACGCGACCGAUACCAGCGUGCGAUCCAACCGCUUAAGAAGACACCACAAGAUUUUGAGGCUUGGAUCAUACAGUGGAGGGAGGCAUUUGCCUAUGCCAAGAUUCGAGAUGUAGCCGAUGUUGCUCAUUCAGCCGACUGGCUCAAGGAUGUAAGCAAGGCAGUCAAGGACGUGCUGCCUGCAUGGGGCUCAUCCUUCCGAAAUGGACAUCUUGCCGCAAUCAGAAGCGAUACACUUGAUUACAAGGAAGUUGCGGCAUCCCUCUAUGAUGAAGCAGAUGUACAAAACAUACUUAAGAAGCAACCUCAGAGAGUUCAUAAAGGAGCUUUUGGUCCUGCGUUUGGACCCGAAUCCGACCAAGGUCCGGAAGAGUCCCAAGACCAGUCGACGGGCCAGCGCAAAGGACGGAAAAGGAAUGCUAAGAAUGAAAAAGAAAAAGAGACUGCUUCUAGGAAACGGAAGCGCGAAGACUCCGAUAAUCAGGGUCAUCACGAUAACCUAGACAUAGGAAGGUGCUCUGUAUGCGGCCUCAGGGGACAUGGUAUCAAGAAGUGUUUCUAUGUGAACAAGAGCAUUGCACCAGAUCAUUUUCGAGGAAAUCGGACUAUUAAAGCUGGGAUCGAGUAUCGACUUGCCAAUGAUAAGGCUUUUGCAAAAGAAGUCAAACGGCAGCUGAAAGCCAAAAACGAUGGCCAUGCACAACAAGAAUGA